AUUGCUUCACAAACCAAUUCGAAAUCCUUUAAUUAUCUCUACAAAGCAAUAAAAUGCCAGAUUUCAGCCACAAAAUCGCAAAAAAUAGGAAUUUGAACUGCAUUUGAUUUCCUAUGUCACCCACCCUGUGCUGUCAAUUCCUCUCAAAACGUCAAGGUAGGCGGCAAACUUUGUUUUGGUUUAACUUCGCAUAGCAUCUUCAUCACGAUACACGGAUUUGGUGGACGCGCAAAAAGAAAAGGCCCUAGCAUGUUGUUUCCUGAGGACGAAAACUUUUCCAACCGUACGACCGGAAGUGCAUACGAGCGGUUAGCAGUGCCCUACGCUUACAAAUCAGAAUGUUUCCAUUUCGUGAAGAAAGAUUUCUCGAAACAGUUUGCUUUCAUAUACGCGUCCCGUUUGGAGGAAAUGUUGAAGCUGUUGGAAGAUAGUGUGCAGAAAAAAUGGGGCACCGAAAUGCCGAUUAAAAGGUUGGCCGAUCUGCGUGAGGACUGUCCCCAGAAAUGUGUCAUCAUCGGAACACUAUUUAAGCAUCAGGAACUGAAGCCGAGCAUUUUGCGGGAAAUUUCGGAGGAAAAUCAGCUGGCCCCACAGCCACCACGCUCGCACUACACGAACGAUAAUGAUAUUCUGAUUUUGGAGGACGCGUUGCAACGCAUCAAGCUUGUGGGCAAAAUGGACGUACACUCGGUUGUAACGGGAGUGGUCUGUGCCGUCUUGGGGUAUGAAGAAAGUGAUGGUCGAUUUUUUGUGGAGGAUCACAUUUUCUAUCAGGGAGGCGUUCAGAGACCAUUGCCACCUUUACAAAGCUCUCCGUUGCUCGUUCUAAUGUCCGGAUUGAAUCAGACUGCUGCCAAUGAUUUUUCACCUUCGUUGGAACUGCUGCAGCAAUGGGUUUUUGGAAAUUUGGAAGGUCUUGUCGAAGGACACGAUUCAGAAGCAGCCAGUAUUGUUCGUAUUAUUAUCGCUGGCAAUUCGGUUAAGGCAAGCGUUAAACCUAAAAAUCAUCUACAAUCGAAAGUAACGACCGAAACGGAUGCACUUCUUGGAGCAAUAAAGUCGGUCGACUCACUGAUACACAAUCUCUCCCAAUCGGUCCCGGUCGAUCUGAUGCCAGGUGAGUUCGAUCCGGCAAAUCACAUGCUGCCUCAGCAAGCAAUGCACCACUGUCUGUUUCCGCGUUCUGUGGAGUUCAGUUCGUUCAAGGGUGUACCCAAUCCGUACGCCUUUGAUCUAGCCAAUCGGUACGUUAUCGGGACGUCUGGACAGAAUGUCUUCGAUGUGAUGCGUUACUCCAGGAUAGACAGCCCGUUGGAAGCUUUAAAGGCAACGUUACGCUGGAGCCAUCUAAUUCCGACUGCGCCGGACACGCUUCCGUGCUAUCCGUACUAUCAGAAGGAUCCAUUCAUCAUCCGUGAAUGUCCGCACGUGUACUUUGCUGGGAAUGUGGGCAAAUUUAAGACGGAAAUGUAUACUGGACCCAAUGAUCACAGGACACGGCUCGUUUGCGUGCCAUCUUUCUCGGAAAGUCAAAGCAUUGCAGUCAUAAAUCUACGCACAAUGGAGUGUCGUAAAAUCAGCUUUAAAAUGGAUGAAUUUGAAGGAGGCGAAGAGUGAUGCUGUGGUGUAAUUUAUUUCUCAUCAAUGGGUCUAAUACAUAUCCAUAAUUAUAUUUGGCAAAAAUAUGUCUAUCAACUUACAUUUAACGAUUGAGAAAUUGGAAAUUACUUACCCAGAGACAAAGAAAAAAUGCUUUAAUUUAUCUCGUCAACGAAACUUAAAGAAAAAGGUUAAACAUUUUGAAUGUGUUUUUAUUUUCACAACGCACACUUACGGUGGCGAAUCUAGUUUUGCUUAAUUUUGGCCAUAUUUUGAUCAUUUUCAUUCUACAAACAUUCACAGGAUACACAGAUUAGGAUUUGUAGACGUAAGAUUGAAGAUGCUAGACGUGGAAACAAAAGUUUAAUGCAAUAGUUCGCUGAUUCACAUACAUAUGCGCAUUCGAAUGGAAGGAAAGCGUGAGGUGGAAAGGUAUUAUUUAUUCGAACGAUAUGGCGGCAGGAUAAAACGGUGGUAUGUGCAACGAUUGGAUAGUGGCGAUAAAAAUGAGUUCGUUCUGUAAGGAAGAAGGCGAGAAAUGUAACUCAUUUUGCCCAUUCUAAUGCUUCUUAUAAUUAUAAUGCUUAUGAGCUACUACUGCAACGCCAUGUGUUGCUACAGAUUUAAAAGCGAGUCAGUGUUUCUUAUCAGAUAGUUAGCUUAAUGUAUAUUUACUACUAAUAACAAAGCUUCCAUUACCAUGUGAUGAAACGCUUUUCAUACCCUAAAUGGGCUUAAUAGUUAACAAAUAAAUGGUAGCUGCUUUUAUGGAAGGACAUGGAUUUACAAACAAAAAAGUUUUCCUCCAGUGUGUUGCUUUCCCAGUUUCGAUGAUGCAUCUUUCUAGGCUCUAGAUUAAUUAUGUUAUUAAAUUUUAGCGCAAACAUCAAUUACUGCUACUUUUUUUCUCCUUUUGCUAACUGAUUUUGUCACACCUGAAUGCAAGCUUGCGUAUAUGUCGGCACAUAACGCCUUUCUUUUCAGAGAGAUACGCGUGGUGGCUGCUGGCAAGCUUUUAAUGCAAGAAAUUUACAUAUACUGAAGUAGUAACGAUCUUAUAAUUAAUCAACUCUUUCUUUCACAAUUUACUUAGAUUUGCUCAUUGUUCCAACUUAUUCUUUAGGUUCUUUGUUAUGAUUUAUCUGUUUUAUGAACUCGACACAUCAACGGUAUCGACGGUAGCAUAUUUAGAAAUAGUAUAAUUUGGCAUUCAGUUUUCAAAUUUGUCAUUGUAUCCAUUUGUACUUAUUUGUGUUGGUACCAUCUAGCAUUGUUACGUUAUUUAUGUUUGUGUUCACUACUCUGCAUCUUUAAUAUUUAACUAUUUACAUAUUGUUUUGGACAGCUUGCGUUACCUUGGGAAUGUAGGUAAAUGGGUACCAGUUACGAAGUCUAGUACUGAUUUACAAAGUAAAUCAUAGCUCCGUACUCAAUUUUCUAGGUGAUACUAAACUAAAGCAAGAAUAAAACCUUAACGAACAACAAUAAAGUUCAGCACGGUGCUAUGCUGUAUUUGCCUAGCGGGUCGUAGCUCUUAUUGUUGAAUUAUUUAUUUGCACAGCUUCGUGUUAGAUUUAUGUAACGAAUUUUAUCUUUAAAUGUAGAAUGUAAUAAUUAACGCGCUUCACUUUUACCUUAACACCGUAACUCCCGUUUGUCUACUCGUCGACGUUCUCCGUCCCCGUGUGAGCAACGGACGGUACCAAACCUGAGCUGCAAUGAGCCAUGGCCAUAUGAUUAGAACUCGUUGUUUUAUUUACUAUUAUUUCACCUGCUAAAUGUAGUGUUUUAUUAGGAGGAUUACUUUACCUUUCAUC